AUGAAAACCGGGAGGGAAAAGGGCGACAGCCGCGCUACCGGGGCGUGUCGCACCAGAUCUCCAUGUCACCGCAACAAUGGAACCAUCAGCGGGGACGAUGGUGUGAUUGCGGAAGGUUCCAUGGUUGAAAACGGGACACCGCCAAUCCCUCUGAUAGGCAACGGAUUCCUCGAGGCGUUGCCACGCGAGCCAAUCGCGGUGGCGCGGUUCUCCGAUGGCGACACUACAGCGUCGCCACAAUGUUUGAUUGGGUGUGGGAUUGAGCACGCGAUACAUUGGGGGGAUUUCCAAAGAACAGGCGGGUUUCACUACAGCCAGCCAGCCAGCCCCGACAUGCGAUCUGUCCUCAUACCAAUGUAA